UAUUUGUCUUGGCAACCAACUCUCGGGUCUCUGACAUAGAGCAUCUGAAAAGCCCCUUGGCCCCUGAUCCAAUCUCCCAGCCACGGCUGAUGCAGGUGCUCAAUGCUGUCCUUCUUCUGUUUAGAGACGGCUACAUAUCAUCUACUAUGUUGGACAGUACGAUCAAUCAACAGACACAAAGGUGCAAGAGGGGAAAUGCGAGAGCAAUCGGCAACUUCUUCGUCUUCAUCAUACGCGUCGCUCCUUUUGUCUGUCCUAAUGUUUGCCGGCUGGAUCUCAAGUCCUGGCUUACUCUCUCUUGCCGUUGUCUUUCAUUAAACUACCUAGUGAAUGGCGCUCCUGUAAAAAUGACCUUCCUGGACCGGUCCCCUCUACAGCUACUGCUCAGACUUCCCGUAUCAAGUUGGAUUCGAUCAUCGGCGCACGAUUGGAGCGGAAUAGUAGUCAAUGCAAAGCACCAUAAAGUGUAUUGGCGGAGCAAUUGCUGGGGUUGCUGGGAGACCACUGGGUGCAACAUUGAAGGUCUCAAUGCGUGCAGCUUCAGGUAGGUGAGUCGUUCUUCUGCUGCCCCCGAUGCUUGGUACACCGGGAGUUGUCUACCGCGAUCUUAUUUUCGGGAAUAAACACUGAU